CUCCUCCUCCUUUCCCCUUCCCUUCUUGGGCCGACCCUUGCCGCAGCCUCGGUUUUGCUUUGAAGCGAGCCUUCGGCCUCGCCUCCUGAAGCCUGAGUGAGGGUGAGCACUGAGCGGUGACGUUGGAGCGUGGCUGGAAAUGGGCUGAGGGAGCCACAUUUCCUCAACCCAACAAGGCUACUGUCUCGCAACAAACCCUUUGUGCGGAAUGUGCAUCGAGACCUCGCUCGCCUCACUCAAAGUCCGGUCCCGGACGGGUUUUGCACAAUGCCAUUAUUGUUCACCGUGUUAUUGCUGCUAUGGUGUCUGUAGGACUUUGUGUCUAACUUUUGUACUCGAGUACGGCGUCGGUAUGAUACUUGCUCCUCUUCCUGCUCGUCCCAUCUCCGAGUUCCACAGGGCAUCUCCCAUUGCGGAGGCGUCCUGGGUGCUCCUGACGUCAUGGGGAAAAAAGCCAAGCUUUAUCGACCUCUCUUGGUAUGCGACGAUAUGAUGCCCUACUCCAUACAAUAUCGGUAACUUGCUCUCAACCCUCUAGCACUUUUCCUGCAACUUCUCCACCACAAUCUUCCACUAAUAGCUAUCACGGUCGAUUCCCCUCAUACAGUGCCAAUCUUCCGUGCCCGGGACCCUCCUGAUACAUGAUGGACGUUUACUACUACUUCAAUUACCGUCAGUCGCCUCUUUUGUCGGGAGUGUUUUAGCCCUCGCCACCAGCUGACUCGAUCGAUAGUUUCUGCCGGAUGGAUGAUGCUCGAGUCACUUCCGCUAAUUUUGAAUCCCACAAUUAUAAUUACCAUGCUAUCCCCUGACGUGCGGGAGCCAACCCGUAAGCCGGAAGCUAGCCUUAUCGCCCUGUCCUAGCCGCGUCUAAUUUUGAAGGCAGCAUUGGAAUCCUACCUCUCGCGAUCCUUGGGGUUUGCACUCAUCGCCUUUGCAAUCCUUAAUUUGUUACUGACGGGAAGUAUCCCUCUUGCGGUAAGGCCGCCCCACGCGCGAGGGCCAUAAGGAACGGAAUGCUAAGGAUGUAUGCCUAUUUCCCAGUCCUCGUUUGCGGCCACCGAAACCGUGAAGGGUGCAUCGACGGACUUGGAAGACCCAACAGCGCCAUACGCUGUCCCCUCGCUAUACGUAACGCUCACUUAUCACAUUGCCGUCGGCUUCUAUUGUUACCAGCAAUGGGGGCUCGGACAUUCCGCCGCUUAUGCCGUUGGCAUGCUCACUCAUGGCCUCUUCGCGGCCAUGGGAGCGUGGGUCAUGAUGUUUGCUAGUGCCGACGGGCGUAUCUAUCGAAAGACGGGUGCGGACGGCAAGUCUAGUAGCUUCCCAAUGACAAACCUGGAUGCGGAGAAGAAGAAGUCAUAAAGGAAAGGUGUAAGGGUCAAAUCAUCGUUCUGGGGUUUCAAAUUGAGCGGUUCAGGGGGGUUUGGUCCCGAAAGGUAUUACCUCCCUUAAACUACGCCAUGUACAUCUACCUCCCGCUCCUUUCCCACUUAUGAUACCGUCUUUUUUAUCAUGUCAUUGCGAGUUGGUUGACCCGUAACCAAGGAUGGUGGGCUCUUUUUUUAAUUUUUAUGUGACUGUUAUCACAAUACUAUCACUCGAUUGCGAGCAAUACAUUUUGUCCCUCCAUCCUUCCUCUCAUUACUCACGCCCUCUCAUGUCACGGCACCUAGCUGCAACCAUACUCGGGUGAUAUCCCAUGAACCCCUGUCCCUCGAUCGCCUCACAAAAUGAUUCCACGAUACAUACAGCAUCACACCCCCUCGCGUAGAAAAAUGUGAAACAUAGCGCAAUCCCGCCCAUUCCCGAUCUCUUUCUCUUUUCAUUUUUUUUCUUUCUCCCCGGCAAGGCAGUCGCAAUUGCAAUUACGCUUAUCGAUACCGGUACGUGAUACUAAGCCUCACCAGCCUACAAGUACAAGUACGCGCGAGCAUAGCCAGCCAGCCAGGCGGGGGGCGGGUCGGUGAGUAGCCGCCGACCAUUGACACCUACUGUACUCGUCGUCGUGCUCCGUACUUUCCACCAUUUCCUUUUUUUACUUUUUUUUUUUACCACAACUGCCGCUCGCUACUCUACUUUCACCUCCUCCACUCAUCUCAUGAUAUCGUAUGCACCCUAUCUUAAACGGAAGCUGACUAACGUUGCGUAAAUUAAGUCCUAUGUGCGAGUUUAUUUAUGCUCCCCCUUCUCUUCCUCCCUACCUCCUUCCCCGCCGGAUUGGUUACUGUACGAGUACUGUGGUACUUGUGCCGGUUGUGUUAUGUCACGGUGCUCUACCCGCUGUGGCUCCUGGUAUGGUACUGUAUGUACUGCACUGGUACUGGUACUGGUACUGGCACGAGUAUGGUGAUGCUCCCACCGCGGGCGCCUCACUUUCCUUCCCAUCCCUUCCUCGCCUCGCCUCGCAUCGCCUCGCCGGUGGCGGUUUCAGAAGCCGCUUCAUGAAUUUGCACUCGUGGGCUGUUUCAUUCUCGUUGUGGUUGUGGCAGUGCCUGCUCUGCUCUGGUUGGUGGCAUCAUACCGGUAAUAUCAUUCCUUUUUCUUUUCUUUUUUCUUCUUCUUCGGCUCUUUCCCCCCUCCUGUGUCUUUCGGAAGUGGGCUGAGAAAAAGGAAGGAGGGGAGAGAGGAUUCUGGCGGAGAGGGAAGGUGGUUUUUUUUUUUCGAAAUUGGAAUUUGGAUUAUUUGAUGAAUGUUUGGUGGUGGGUGGAUUGGGGGGUAUAUACUUGCAGUGGGAUGCCUUGUCGGGA